AGCCGCGGGCGCGGAGGUGCGCGGCCUCCUCCCUAGUCGUGCCGGCCCCGGCCCCCCAUCCCCGCGCCCCUCCCCGCAGCCGGCCGCGAUGGCGGAUCCAGCCGAAUGCAGCAUCAAAGUGAUGUGCAGGUUCCGGCCCCUCAACGAAGCGGAGAUUCUCCGCGGGGACAAAUUCAUCCCCAAGUUCAAAGGCGACGAGACCGUGGUGAUCGGGCAAGGGAAGCCGUAUGUCUUUGACAGAGUACUGCCGCCCAAUACAACCCAAGAGCAGGUUUACAAUGCAUGUGCAAAGCAAAUUGUCAAAGAUGUCCUUGAAGGUUAUAAUGGGACAAUUUUUGCAUAUGGACAAACCUCAUCAGGAAAGACCCACACCAUGGAGGGGAAGCUGCAUGAUCCUCAGCUCAUGGGGAUCAUCCCAAGGAUUGCACAUGAUAUCUUUGACCAUAUUUAUUCCAUGGAUGAGAACUUGGAGUUUCACAUCAAGGUUUCCUAUUUUGAGAUCUACCUCGACAAAAUAAGGGAUUUACUUGAUGUAUCCAAGACCAACUUGGCUGUUCAUGAAGAUAAAAACAGAGUUCCAUACGUAAAGGGGUGCACGGAGCGUUUUGUGUCAAGCCCGGAGGAGGUCAUGGAUGUCAUAGAUGAAGGCAAAGCAAACCGACACGUGGCUGUUACAAACAUGAAUGAACACAGCUCUAGAAGCCAUAGCAUCUUCCUGAUUAAUAUUAAACAAGAGAAUGUAGAGACUGAAAAAAAACUCAGUGGGAAGCUUUAUUUGGUUGAUUUGGCUGGGAGCGAAAAGGUCAGCAAAACUGGUGCCGAGGGAGCUGUUCUUGAUGAAGCUAAAAACAUCAAUAAGUCUUUGUCUGCUCUUGGAAAUGUGAUCUCUGCCUUGGCAGAAGGGACAAAAACACAUGUGCCAUACCGGGACAGCAAGAUGACUCGGAUCCUCCAGGACUCUCUGGGUGGGAACUGUAGAACCACCAUUGUCAUUUGCUGCUCUCCUUCUGUCUUCAAUGAGGCUGAGACCAAGUCCACGCUGAUGUUCGGACAGAGAGCUAAGACCAUCAAGAAUACAGUCUCUGUGAAUCUGGAACUGACAGCAGAAGAAUGGAAGAAGAAAUAUGAAAAAGAGAAAGAGAAAAACAAGACUUUAAAGAAUGUUAUCCAGCAUCUGGAGAUGGAGCUGAACAGGUGGAGGAAUGGAGAGGCUGUGCCUGAGGAUGAACAGAUCAGUGCUAAGGACCAGAAGAAUCUGGAGCCCUGUGAUAAUACACCCAUCAUAGACAACAUUGCUCCUGUUGUUGCUGGCAUUUCUACAGAGGAGAAGGAGAAGUAUGAUGAAGAGAUCUCCAGUCUUUACAGGCAACUGGAUGAUAAGGAUGAUGAAAUUAACCAACAGAGCCAGCUGGCUGAAAAGCUAAAGCAACAGAUGUUGGAUCAGGAUGAGCUUUUAGCUUCCACAAGAAGAGACUAUGAGAAGAUACAGGAGGAGCUGACCCGUCUCCAGAUUGAAAACGAAGCGGCCAAAGACGAGGUGAAAGAAGUUCUCCAGGCCCUGGAGGAGCUGGCUGUCAAUUACGACCAGAAGUCGCAGGAGGUGGAGGAUAAGACCAGGGCCAAUGAGCAGCUGACAGAUGAGCUGGCCCAGAAAACGACUACAUUGACAACCACACAGAGAGAGCUGAGCCAGCUACAGGAGCUUAGCAACCACCAGAAAAAGAGGGCUACUGAGAUCUUGAACUUGCUGUUGAAGGAUCUGGGGGAGAUAGGUGGAAUUAUUGGCACCAAUGAUGUGAAGACCUUGGCGGAUGUGAAUGGAGUCAUUGAAGAGGAAUUCACCAUGGCCCGCCUGUACAUCAGCAAGAUGAAGUCAGAAGUCAAAUCUCUGGUGAACCGCAGCAAACAACUUGAGAGUGCCCAGAUGGACUCCAGCAGGAAGAUGAAUGCCAGUGAGCGGGAGCUGGCAUCUUGCCAGCUGCUCAUCUCCCAGCAUGAAGCCAAGAUCAAAUCUUUGACAGACUACAUGCAGAACAUGGAACAGAAGCGCAGACAAUUGGAAGAGUCCCAGGACUCCCUUAGCGAAGAGCUGGCCAAGCUCCGGGCCCAAGAAAAAAUGCACGAAGUCAGUUUUCAGGAUAAGGAAAAGGAACAUCUGACGCGGCUACAGGAUGCAGAGGAGAUGAAGAAGGCACUGGAGCAGCAGAUGGAGAGCCACCGGGAAGCUCACCAGAAGCAGCUGUCCAGGCUUCGAGAUGAAAUUGAGGAGAAGCAGAAAAUCAUUGACGAGAUCCGGGAUUUGAAUCAGAAACUGCAACUGGAACAGGAGAAGCUCAGUUCUGAUUAUAACAAGCUGAAAAUAGAGGAGCAAGAGAGAGAAAUGAAACUGGAAAAGCUCUUAUUGCUCAAUGAUAAAAGGGAACAAGCCAGAGAGGACCUUAAGGGGCUGGAGGAGACAGUGUCUAGAGAGCUGCAGACCCUCCAUAACCUCCGUAAACUCUUUGUCCAGGACCUGACCACCCGAGUGAAAAAAAGUGUGGAGCUGGACAGUGAUGAUGGAGGAGGCAGCGCCGCCCAGAAGCAGAAGAUUUCCUUCCUGGAGAACAACCUGGAGCAGCUCACCAAGGUGCACAAGCAGCUGGUGCGGGACAACGCGGACCUGCGUUGUGAGCUGCCCAAGUUGGAGAAGCGGCUGCGAGCCACCGCUGAGCGCGUGAAGGCGCUGGAGAGCGCGCUGAAGGAGGCCAAGGAGAACGCCGUGCGCGACCGCAAGCGCUACCAGCAGGAGGUGGAUCGCAUCAAGGAGGCCGUGCGAGCCAAGAACAUGGCCCGGAGGGUGCAUUCGGCCCAGAUCGCCAAGCCCAUUCGCCCAGGACACCACCCAGCCUCAUCUCCAACAGCGGUUCAUGCCAUCCGAGGAGGAGGAGGAGGAGGAGGUGGAUCUUCAAACUCUGCUCACUACCAGAAGUAAAAACAGGAUAGGACUCCACAGAGCACGUCAAGGACUACGUUAACCACCAAUUCCUUUACCCCCCCCCCCAUUUCCAUUUUCUUUUACACGUGCUUACCCCAGUCAUCUGCAGUACACCAGUUUCUGGUAUUUUGAGCUUUGUAGAAUUUCUGUUUGUACAGAUGUGUGCUUGGACUUUUCUCUUUCUGAGAAAUUGAAAGGAGAGGUUUACAGAACAUCUACUCACUAUUCAGAACCAUCUCCACGGACUCUGCCUCGGGGGAACUGGAGGAUCUCCAGGUUGUCCCUGGGGCGUCCUCAUUUGGCAGUGCACGCGACAGUACAUGUCCUAUCGGAGCACCCUGACAUGCCGUUCCCUGGAGGGAACAACCAAGUGCCGUGAGGCGGGUGAUCACAUGCUGCCUCAACUGUCUGGUUUCAUGUAUAAUAAACACAUUACUUUAUAUUUUUGGGGAACAAAAAAGUGCUGCUAUAGGGAUCAAAAUUUUCAUUCUGAACACUUUUCCGAAAACAAAUUACCCCGAAGGAGCAUUUUGAGUAUCCCGGUCACAUCUUUGGAUCUGUAAAAUACCCCUUUUAAUAUGGCAUCUGUUAAAAUGCAAAGCAGAUUUCUGCAAGGCAGAAAAACAAGCUGACAAUAGCAAUGUAGAAUUUAUUCAUUCAAAUACAUCUAUGUAAAUGGAAAAAGUCAUAAAAUUCACCUCCAAGCUGCUUACUAUUGAACCUGCGGCAUCUAGUCUCUGCCAGCCUGGUUGGUUUGAACAUCAUUCCUUCAGAAGUGUUGAAAAUGCUGCGAAGUUGGAUGAGUGGAGAUGGAGCUGCCCCUUCUUGCUUCUUUCUCCUUGAUCCUUCCAGAGCCUGCACUGGGGAUGGCCUGUUUGUCUGGGCAACCAUCUUAAGCUUCAAGAGGUACUGCUAAAGAAACCUAGCAUCCUUCCAGCAGCUGAAAAAGAAAGCCUGUGGGGGAAAGUACAAAACAAAAUUUGUGCCUGUCUAUGAAUAAGUUGCCAUUUUAACCCAUCAUUGCAGACUUUAUUUGAAUUCUCUUUGGCACCAAAUAGGCUUUAUAUUCUUCUAGGCAUAAUUAGAAGAUACCAGUAUAAAUGGAUUUUUUACAUUUAGCUAUUAUUAUUCUAAUAUAUGAAUCUAAAGCUGAUUCCUUUACUCCCAAUUGGGCAUAUUAAAAGGAUUGAUUUCCAAGUACUAAGGUUUUCAGGGAAACUGACAAGGAUCCAAGUAAGUUGAUCUUGUGUGCUGCUACUUGUUUUGACAAAACUUUGGGGUAAGUCAGUGACAACCCAACCAGUCCUGGUGAAAGCACCCAUCCUGUUAUGCCCAAGAUGUGUGAGCUGGCACUGUCACCUGCAGCUGUCACCGUUGGAGUGAAGUGUAUGCCAGGGGAGACUUUGGGUUUUCUCAUGGCCAUGUGGGCCAAAGAUAGUUCAAGUGUGUGUGUGUAUGUGUGUGUGUAAAAUACAAAGUACUGUGCACUAUCUUUUUAAAUUCUUGUAUAAAAUUUCUCUGACAGUAAUGCUGCUUUGAUUUAAUUUAUUUGUUAAAUGUUGCACUUUGUCUAUGUGUGUUUUGUUUUGGGGGAGUAUGAAAAGGAUGAAUUCUAUUCAAGUAUUUAGUCCAUACAGAUGACAAAUUUCAUUAAUUUUUUUUCAUCCUGAUUUUGUUGCCAUGUCUGCCCAAUCACUGCUUGGGCACUAAGUAAAGCACUUAUUUGCAGUCUGAGAGAAGGGUCCUUGCGGGGCAGGUUUUGCAAGACUUAUUGGGUAAUAACAUGCCACAGACUUCAACUUUGCUGGUGAUAUGUUUGUCUCUGACUUUGGAAGCUAAAACAAUCUCUGAGAGAGUUGCUGAUUAAGUAAUUGUCAAUACAUACCACUUACUAUUAUCCAUUAGGCAAUUGUAUUACUUUAUGUACGUUAAUUGAACAAAGGUUGGUAAUUUUCUUUCUUUUUUAGAAGGAGGAGGGGCUUUUGUUAACAGCCAUUAUAAAAUGGAUUAUUUUAGAUUCAUUCCAAAGUCAUUUCUCCCUGGGUACCCCUUUUCUACUUCUGAAGAAUUGGCUGGCCCUUUCAUGUUUCAAAAAGAAACAUUUACUUAUAGUUCCAUAUUACUUGAUCUCUACAAGGCCCUUACAAAAUCCACUCUACUUUUAUUCACAGAGAAAGUUGGCUUUGAUGUCUUUUAAAGAUAAUUCUGCUAGUUGCUGAUCAGCCAGUCAGUUCACCUAGCUUCAGUCUUUAUAUAGGACCUCUAAUCUAAUUUUCCUACACUGUGACUAAAGGGUAGGUAGAUCAUUAGAAUAGAAUAUAUAGUUCAUUCAAAUGGAUCCCCAAAUACUACUUUGUGUAAUAAGCUGCUUCUUAUAUCAGGACCACAUAUUCUUUUUUAAAAAUGCUGCAUUUAUGCAUUUUCCAUUUUUUAAACGCUAUUGCUCCACAUACCAACAUAAAAACUACAUUUCUGAGCCCAUGUCUGGUUAAAUUUUUGUUAUAUGUUACUUUUUGCUAGUUUGUAUGUGUGUUUUUCUCCUCUGAAUAAUUUUAUAUUUCAUAUCACUUCUUGAUAGUUUAUUCUUUGAUGCUAUCAGAGAAUAGCCAGAUGGUUUAUAUAAAUAACGUCUACCUGCAAGAUGGUAGCUUGCUAAAUUAGAGGAAUGCUGUUGGAGAUAUCAAGAUUUUUGGUUGGGAUCCAGAAUGUAUUACAGUAGUGCCAAAUGCAUUUUGGUCAAUUACUAGAGAAUUCUGUGUACACAUAUCACCUGUUAAAUGCUGUGCAGUUUGCUUUUGUUGAAUGGCAGGUAGUAGACAGAACAAUAAGGGUGGUUAAGACUUUUAAAGGAAACAGAAUAAUGUGAUUAAGAAAAUGAGAAUUUAUAGAAAUAUUGGAAUAAAUGAAGAAAUAAAAAUGGUUGUCUGGAAUGUAGUAUCUAGUGAAGCCUUCAAGUUCACAUACAGAAAUGAUUUUCCUGACCUAGACAAAACAAAGAUAUUACCAGGACUCAGUGGAUUCAGCUCCACUUUCCUGUAGAAAUAACCAAAAGCAAAUGAAAGCUCUUAACAGUUCCCUCUUUUGAAGUGUACAUUUGAGCAGGGCAGGAGUCAUUUGGACGCUAGAGAGAAGAUAUAUUAGAAAUGUUUUUCAUUUGCAGAGGGUAGGGGAGAUUUCACUUCAUUGUAUUAUCCUGAUUAUAGUGAGCAAACUAAAGGAACCAUAUUUCUAAUACUGUUUAUUUUAACUGACAAUUUAAAAUCUUUUUUUUUUUUUUAAAUGUUGAAUAAAGGCCAGGUAACUACCGAAGAGAGCAGCAAUCUGUGAAGUCUACUUACUUUCUUAAAAAUUGUGUAUCAAUUUUAAAUACUUUUCAUUGUGGGCAGAUAUAAGGGGAAUAGGGCAUUCUGUAGAAUUAUAUAUGUCUAGAUUGUAAAGCGUGUCCUGUGUACUGCAGAUAUGUGUUCUCUGGGUUUUAUGUAUCUGUACAGUAGCUUUCAUUUAAAAAAAAUUGUGGACAAACUUGUUUUGGUGGUUUUCGGGGGAGAAUGGCAGUUUGUAUCAAGUAACAAUGUGAUACCAUAGUAUGUGUCAUAAAAUACCUGGAAAUAACCCUCCCCUGGACUGUGGAAAAUUUUGGUUAUCUCCUUGGUUCUAAAAUGAAGAUGUAUGGAUACUCUGGCAGAAUGCAUGUUGUAUAAUUUGAAAAAUAAAAAAAGUGGACAAUAAAACUCAAUUAAACUUUG